AUGGCGAAGUAAGCAGAGUGGGGAUCCCAGGAACCGGUGGGUGGGUGGCGGUCAGGGGUGGGCGUAGUGCUCCUCAUUUUCACAUUGAUUUUUGGGAAAGGGGUUCCUUGUGGUUAUGGAAAUCCUGCACGCUGUUUCCUUUUUCCGGGAUUCCCUCGGCCAAAGGAGCCUCCCAGAGUUAAGGUGGAAUCACCUUUAAGCCCAUUAUUGGCGAGUGAGGACUGUGUCACGUACGCAGGAAUGCGACCCGACCACAAGGCUGGUAAGAACUGACCAGCGUUAGUGGAAAACGACUCCGUUUAAGGUUCAAGGAGAGUCCAGACGCAUACAGUAAAAAACAGGGUUUGUUUGUUUGUUUUUUUGAUUACUUUUUUAUUCAAAAUUAAAACAAAACAUAUUAUCCAAAAACAUAUCAUCCUUAUUUCCCCCCCAUUUUUCCUCCCUCCCCCCACAGAAUCCACCCACCCCCACCCCGACUUCCCUCAGUUCCAGUCUUUGAUUUCUCUAAAAAUGCUGUUUUCUGCAUGUUACACAGUUGUAUAGAUCCUCAAACUAUUUAGCUGAUAAUUAUCAAUAAAAAGUUUGUGAAUGUUUAUUCAAAACCAGCCAAGGAGUCCAGUUCGCUUUGUUGCAUCUUCAGAUACUUUGUAAAAGGUUCCCAUUCAUCCUUAAAGUCACAGUUAUCCUUGUCCCGUAGCUUGUAUGUCAGUCUUGCCAGUUCUGCAUAGUCCAUCAAUUUUUCUUGCCAUGAUUCUUUAGUUGGGGUUUCUUCAGUCUUCCAUCCUUGUGCUAUCAAAACUCUCGCGGCCGUUGUCGCAAACAUGAAGAUGUAGUAAAAAACAGGUUGAGCAAGUUGUACCUCAUGCGUUGUGGCCGGCGGAGAGAUGGUGAGGUGCUGGGGUGUUUGGGUGUCAGAAGCAGGUCAAGGACAACACACAUGGCAUUAGUGAAAUUAACUCUUUAUUCAAAGAAAUAAACAGCUCAGGAGGCCAGUCCUGGUGAGCUCAGCUUCUUCCCAGUAGAUCUUGCCCCAAUGACGCAGUUGCAAGGGCUGAAAGUCUCCGCCUUCCCUCCUCCUCUCCUGAGUCCUUCCCAAGCAAUCUGAGACUCCUUCAAGGGGUCUGGCUCUGCUUCACUCUCUUCAUGCCUCUCCUGGUUCUGGAGACCAGGAGGGAGGGGAGCCGGUCGCCCUGGUUCCUUCAGCAUCUCUGCCUCUUGAGCCUUGCUCCUCUCCAGCCUCAUCUCCUCUCUCUGGACUGCUUUCUGCCACGACUCUUCCUGCUCACGAAACCCUGUUACCUCUUCCUCCCACUCUGCUCCCUCUUCGCCUCCGGCCACUCCUUGUCAUCCCAACAUCGUCAACCCCCUGGCUCUGAGCCUUCUUCCCGUGGGGGUUCUGCAGCCGGUCCCUGCCACCGCUCCACGAUUUUGGGUAGAAGCUGAACAGCUAAGGGCUCGUCUACACUUCUGCUUUCGCCCUUGCCCCGCUCCUUUCCCAGGGAAAAUCCACUCUUUAGUGCUAAAUCGGAGCAAACGUCAAUUUGGACAAAACCCAAAUUACCGUUUGCUCUGACUGAGUGCUGAAGAGCGCUUUUCCUUGGGGCAAAGCAGAGGGGCGUGAAUGAGCCAUAAGAUGACAUGUUUGCCUAUAGUGUUUCCCCCACUGGAAAUGUUCUCACAGACUCUUGGGCUCUGUCCUGCAAUGCAUCCCUGAGUAAAUUCUGGCUGAUUGUGAAUCUGAGAUGAGCCUCCGUACUUGAACCCCCAGAAGCAAUCUUCCCCACCGAGAUGUGGCACAAAAGAAAUGAGGUGUCCCGUUUUUGGAGGGGGAGCACUUGGAAGGUAUGUUCUCAUUUUCUCUGGGUCUCAACAGCCUCUGGUUCAACCUACCAAACCUCACCACAGGAAUCUGUUUCAAAGUCAAAUAUCCAUCCUUAUAAUAUUUACAGUUGAGACACAGGCAGGGUCUUCAAGAGCAUGUGCCAUGAAACACCCCACACACCCUCCCCACAGCACCGAGUUGUCACACGACCCACAAACAAGGGUUGGCAGCUCCAGGAAGGAUUCCAUACCUGUACCUACAUUUCAAAUAUAACCGCCGAUUUUGGAAAACAGCUCCAGGCUUGGCAUUGCCAAGUGUGUGCUCCCACAGCCGAAGGUGCCACACAUACCGAAGAAGAAGAAGAAGAGGAGGAGUUUGGAUUUGAUAUCCCGCUUUAUCACUACCCUAAGGAGUCUCAAAGCGGCUAACAUUCUCCUUUCCCUUCCUCCCCCACAACAAACACUCUGUGGGGUGAGUGGGGCUGAGAGACUUCAGAGAAGUGUGACUGGCCCAAGGUCACCCAGCAGCUGCGUGUGGAGGAGCGGAGAAGCGAACCCGGUUCCCCAGAUUACGAGUCCACCGCUCUUAACCACUACACCACACUGGCUCCCUAAAGGAAUAGCCCGGCCUAGUGGCAAGGGAGCAUGGCACCACAUUCCACACACAAACCCGGUUCAAGGCCUUUGUGCCCCAGUCAACUGUGAGCAGGAAGAAAUUCAACAGGUGAAGUGUUUGGCUGCCACUGCCUUGCUGAACACCAUUUCUUACGAUAUUUCUGCAGGGCAGCUGUUCUGGGCAUCCUGUCUGCGCCAAAAAGCAAAUUACCUGUUGGAUUUCUGCCUGCUGUUGAGCAGAUCGAGUUGCAGAAGCCUGGCAAAGGGGGAAAGGUGGUACCCUGCUCUCUAACCCUCGAGGUAUGGGCAGCAUCUUUGGGAAACCUCAGUGCCACUGAGCCAGGGGCUGAUUUGGGUUCUCCAGAAUCAGUGGUUGUGCAUGCAAAGUAAGGCAGAGUAUCAGAUCCUUCCUGGAAAAACCUACAUUUGUGGGGGGGGGGGUUAUGAGUGAAGGGGGUGGCACUCUGCACAUGUCCAUUGAGGCCUUACCUCGGGUAUUGGUGCACACAUUCCAGGGCGGAGAUUUGAGAGAUCCGAGGGGUGAGACUUGAGGCUGCUUAAACCUGAAGAAAAUUAGAGAUCACUGCUCCCCCAGCUUCAUUCCCCGUGAUCCAGCCAUCCCUGAUAUCCCUCUUCUUGGGAUCCCCACUCUGUUUACUUUGCUAUGGUUACCCAUCGUAUUAUCGCAGGCAUUUUCCUGCCGGUCAAAACCUCAGAGAUGCAAAUCUCCCACAAUAGCCAUGGAAAGCCGGCUGGGAUUUAUCUCUGAAACAAAGCGAAGCAGGUGUUCCUGGGAGACAGGAGGGAAACCUCUGGCAAGUGGGUGUACCUGGGGGAAAGGUCUCCCCCUCACCUGAUCCACCCUUUCUGCAGAAAUGCCUUGGUGACACAAAAAAUGGGUCGUGUGGUUGUUAACGUAAAUAUUUUCCUCCAGCUUCGACUAGGACAUAAUUUGAAUGAGGGCUGGACAGACAGGAAUUAUGGGGUGGUGAGGAGGAGGAAGAGAGACAGGGGACUGGGUGGGGGGGGGCAGUAUGUAUUAUUGUGACUUUGGGCAGGGGUAGGCUAUGUGCCUGAACCCCCUUCUAAUUCCAGGAUCCUGCACAGGUUCAAUUCCCGGAAUAGCCAGGCUACCUUCCAGGUGAGGAAAUGGCCUAAGUACAGAACCUCAAGGGAACAAAGGAAAUGGCUCUGUGCAUUAGCGGAGCAAGAAGCAACAUCGUUGUCAUUGGCAGACAACCCGCCCUCCCCCUGAAAGUCAGCUUUGCCUUUUAGCAGCCCUCUCCGCUUCCUGGGGCUUAACCCCCCCACCCCCAGUUCCCUCUUGCUGUGUUUCUCCCAGCAGAUCUGCUUCCUUUGCAAGAUGCUGUCGCCCUCGCGUGGCAGGGAUGUUGUGCUGUGUCCCUGAUGGCGUUCCUGGUCCUCCAGAAUAGCUGAGCUCUUCCUCUGCAUCCCUCCUGUGUGCCCCCCACUUGCUGGGCCCCAGAAGUGUUGGGGGAUCAUUUCCAAACAUUGCACGCCAUCCCUGCAGGCCUGGAUGUCUGCACACUCUCUGUCCUUCUGCUGCCAGGCCAUUCACGAUUCCUGCACGCCACUGAAAGUUACUAAUAUUUCUAUACGUUUCCAACAUGACAGCAUUUUAAUAUGCAACGAGCGAUGUAGCCCUGUCCUGACUGAGGAAGGUUCCCCUGUGUUUUGCAGCCUCUCGUGGCUUUGAGCAAAGGAGAAAGGCAGCAGAGGAAAAGCCUCACUCAGGGCAGAGGAAAAACGGGUCGCCGCUGAGCCCUGGAGAUCAGAAAAGGGAGGUCCUGGGGUUCAGCUGUGGUGUACAAAGAAGGUACCCCCCAAAUGUAGCCGCUUUGGGGUGAUGUGCAGUGACGGUGUCUCACGGGGGUCAACCCUCCCUGCCACAGCUCCUCAUUUGACUGAGUGACUCAGGGACAGCCGCCUUAUCUUUCAGGGAAGGGCCAGCAGCCUUCUGAGAAGCACCUUUGGAGGAGGGAAUCCUAGAAAAACAAAAUAGCUUUCCGAAUUUUCAUAACCACCAGGAGAGCCCAGGCCAAAGAUCAACAUGGCUGCCCACGCAUCAAACUGCAUGUCUCAGGGGACAUCCCCCCACCAGGACCACACCUUGACCACACGGCCUGGGCUCCCUGCCAGAACCAGGAGGGGGGUGGACUCUGGACCGAGCAGGUGGACAGGGGGCAGCUCGGCUCCUGAGCUCAGCAUCUCGAUCUUUCCGGAGGCCGUGGGGUCUGGCUGGCGUGCUGCCACCCCUGGGAACUGAGAUGCCAGGGACCCAGAGGACCUGGGCGAAGGUCAAGGCUAGAGACACAUUUCCAGGUUGCUGGGCCCCCUCCUCUGGCCCAGGUGGGGGGCCAACCCCAUUGUCAUGGACUGGGUGGCCCCAGAGGAAUGGUGGGAGGGACCAGCUGGGGGACCCCCAAGGGAAGAGGGCUCAGAGCCUGAGGAUCAGCGGUCAGAGGAAGAUGGGUGCUCAGAGGGAGAAGACUGGGGCGGGGGAAGGUGUCAGGGACGGAAGAGGCAACAGGGUUUAGCGAGUGGGGAGAGUCUGGCAGAAGCUGAAGCAGGAGAGGAGGGAGGCCAAGAAGCAGAGAUGGGCCAGACUGGAACAGAGUCCUGGAUGUCUCCUCCGCCUCCUGCAACACGCUCCCCUCCACCUGGUCUCCAGGAGCCAGUAGAGGCAUGAAAAGGGUGGAGGAGAGGUUGGCUUCACGCUGGCGCAGUCUCUGAUUGCUAGGGGCAAACCCUGGAGAGGAGGGGCAGCUGUGGGGAGGCAGGAGCCCUCAGUCUCAGCACUGCUUCAUGGAAGAAAGACCUGCCAGAGAGGAGGAGUUGCUGCGCUCAUGAGGCCUGACACCCCUCUGCAGAACAUAGUUUUGCUAAUGAAGAGUGAACUGGAACAAGCACAUUGUGAUCUACUGCUGGCUCGCUCUUGACCCAUGAAGCUAUUCCCCAGUCCAUGACUCCAUGCGCUUCCAAGAAGAGAGGGGGCAUUAAACGUUCUCAGCACCCAUUGCUCAGUGCUGGUGCAACAGCCCUUUGAGGGAGAGCCUUGCAGCAAGCUGUGGAGCAACAGAGAGAACCUCCAUGGUCAGGGGCAGUCUAUGUUCUCUAAAUACCAGGUAGCAGAGUGGAGGUGGCAGGGAAGAACUCGCACUCUCAUGGCUCAUCUUGGGCUUUCUUGAGUAGUGUCUGCUCUGAGGAGAAAGACUCUGGAUUCAGAGUUCAAUAAGACGAGUCCGUCUGGAUGAGGCCUAUGACCUGUCUGCUCCAUCAUCCUGUUCUCCCACUGGCCAAUCAGAUGCCCCAGAGGGAAGCAGGCAAACAGGACCUGAGCACAACGGACGGACACUGGGCUUCAGGACACUGGUCCUGAUCCAAGAGGGCUCCUCUGGUCUUCUUAGAGAAAUUGCAAGGUGUGUUUGUUCUAGAGAUGAUGCUCCAAGUGAGAAUUUCUCCAUCCUUAUCUAGUUCAUGGCACAAACUCUUGGGUGCUUGUGGGUCAACUGUCUGGACCAGAAGAUUUAAUCUGUAAAAAGUCAAAGCAAGUUAUGAAUAGGUGAGAAAGUCCUGCUAUUUAAAAGCUGAUCCCAUCUUGGAAGGAAGAAAGGAAGAAAGGAAGGCAGGCAGGCAAAUUCAAUUUUCUCAGGUGCUAAUAUCUCACUGGGCCUGAGUCCCUUGAUCCUGGGGGGCACCUUCUAUUACCCAUCCAGCAUAAGGUAAACAAAAGAGACAUUGAUUAUACGUUCAGGAAAUAGGCGCUCAGUUCUUUUUUUUAUUAUUCCAAAAUUUGCAUGGAAUAAAUGAAUGGAAUCUUGCAGGCGAUAAAAUAGGGAUCCCGAGGCUCAGAGUGACAGCAGUUCCCUGAGGCGUCUACGAGUUCCUGCUCCCGGAGAUCUAACAUGGAGAAGACUCAGCUGGUAAGUGCACCAAUCCUGCUCCUUACACGGAGGGAAGGGGGAAGGCUGAAGCAGGGUCCAUAGGGAGGCCCUUUGGGUUCUGCUGAUGUUCCAAGGGAUGGGGGGGGGGGGCUAUGAAUUGUGCUGUUGACUGUAGUUGUAAAUAUAACCGGAGGGCAACCCCUUGAUUUAUCAUCUUGCCCACCUUUCUCAAGUUUCCUUUCUGCGAUGACUCCCAGUCUAGCGUUUCUCAAACGUGGGUCUCCAGUGUUGUUGGACUACAACUCCCAUCAUCCCUAGGAAGCAGGACCAGGGGUCAGGGAUGAUGGGUGUUGUAGUCUAGCCGCACAAACUGGGUCUCCCCCACCCGAAUCUGAUUCUGAAUCUGAUCUGAAUCUAAAUGGAAUCAGAUUAUUGAUCAUUCAUUGUGCUCUAUAUUAUUCAUUGACUCAUCAUCUGUUUAAUUUCUGUCCAUCUGGAAACUUGGUAGGCGUGAGGUGGGACUAGGGACACAGCAGCCAUAUUAAUCCCUGUAUUUUGGUUGAAAUGACACAGUCCAGGAAAGACUGUACCACUUGAUUCUGCCAAUUUUGCAGGCAGGUUUUUGGAGAGAUCCCUGCCUACGUUAUUCUGGGAAUAGAAUACAGUGGUACCUUGGGUUACAUACACUACAGGUUACAGACUCCGCUAACCCAGAAAUAGUGCCUUGGGUUAAGAACUUUGCUUCAGGAUGAGAACAGAAAUCGUGCUCCAGCAGAGCGGCGACAGCAGGCGGCCCCAUUAGCUAAAGUGGUGCUUCAGGUUAAGAACAGUUUCAGGUUAAGAACGGACCUCUGGAACGAAUUAAGUUCUUAACCCGAGGUACCACUGUACUCCAACUUAGGAUGGCUGCGAGGAAAAGGGAGUGGGAAAUGGGCUACUAGAUUUCUCUGUAAGGCAAAUGAAUGCUUUGAACAGUCCUCUUUGGGCUGUUCCACCAUGACCAGUUGUGACCCUGCCCCCUCUUGCCCUUCCUUCCUUCCUUCCUUCCUUCCUUCCUUCCUUCCUUCCUUCCUUCCUUCCCUCCUUCUCCUAGGCUGUGAUGUGCUUCCUGCUCUCGACGUUUGUGGCCAGCCAGGCCUUCCAAUGCAUGUCCUCCUCAAACUGUUGUGAAGAGACGACACUCAAUGAAGUCGUGAAGAAGCUCACUGCCCAUUCCUCCCAGUCCACCCAGUCCACCCAGUCUGCCCGUUCCUCCCGGUCCGUGUCUUCCUCUGACGACUGCCGCUCGAUUCCUGGUGUAAAGAACAGGGCCUCCAGUUCUCCUUGGCGAUAUGUGUAAGAGAGAACAAUCGUACCUUUUAUUCCUCUGCCCCCUCAUCCGUCCCAUUUUCAUAGAAUUGUAGAGUUGGAAGGGACCCCCAGGGUCCUCUAGUCCACCCCCUCCCUGCAAUGCAGGAAUCUCCAAGUGUGGUCUCCCAUCCAAUUUGAAACCAUACAGGACCCUGCUUAGCUUUCCAAAUCUGCUUGCACUUUUAUUGCUGCACCACCGACUGGAAAUAAAGAGGCAUCCCUUUGGCCCUGCCAGGCACCACCAACAGUGCCCUCUAGAUUUCCCAGAGGGCUCAGCUGGUUAGAGCAGGGGGCUGAGGGGGCCGAGGUUGCAGCUUCGAUCCCUGAAGGGGACAGCUGCAUAUUCCUGCCUCGCAGGGACUGGUUGCUCCUCAGGGUCCCUUCCAGUCAGACCAGUUUCAGGGGUGACUGGAGUUCCUUUCCAAGAUAUCUGGAGGGCACCGGGUUCUGGACAUAGCUGUCAACUUACAGAUUUGAAAAUAAGGGACCAGCAGCCUUGAAAAUAAGGGACCAGCAGCCAAAAUAAGGGACCAGCAGCCUCACCUGUUCCAGGCACUCCAGUCUUCCUGUCCUCCUGCAGUCUGGUCAAACUCAUGCUGGUCGCUUCGAGAACACUGUCCAACCAACUUUGUAACCAGAGGUUCAAUUGAAUAGAAUCUGAAUCACAUGCACCGCAAGGCCUAUGCAGCCUCAACUUAAGAUGGCUCCCCGGCCUGGCUUUGCACUGCAAAGUUUGGAGCAGCACGUGCAACAAAAUGGCGUCCAGCAUUCAAAACCCCCCUCAGCUUGCAUUAACUAGCCACACACAAGGCAUGCAAGCUCCAAGUUCUUAGACUUCUUAUUGGGUCAGCAACACAGCCAAGCAACACAGUUGGAGCCUCCCUGGCCGGCAGGGAGGGAGAGAGAGGAGCUGCUUCCUUUUAAAUUUAAGGGACAUCAUUUAAGGGACAUUUAAGGGACAUCCAUCAAUAAGGGAAAGCAGCGGGACAUGGCGCUGGAAUAAGGGACUGUCCCUUCAAAUAAGGGACACUUGACAGCUAUGGUUCUGGAAGGCUAAUCUAACCCAGCAUUAGUCCCCCAAAGCUCCUCAUCCCACUAUAUUUUAUAUUUUAUAUUUUAUAUUUUUAUUUCUCCUUUGCUCCGCAACCAGCAUCCCUGUGCAUUCCCCCAUCAGACCACCAUCCAAUCCUAAAAGGUCAAAAACAGACCUGUCCUUUCUCUUGCUCCCCCAGGGAAGACACUGAGGACUCCCGCUACCCUCGACUCCUCUGGAAAGCCCAGUGUAUCUGCCAAGAUUCCUGCGUCUCCUUGAGGCACCCUGUGGAAAAUGCCACCGAAAAGACCUUCGUCCAGAAGGAGGGAAACGGGAAGUCCGUCCCAAUCUUUGCUGACAUGACCGUCUACUAUCGGAGGCCUUGUGCAAAUGUCAACAAGUCCUUCUACCUUGAGCGGCAGAAAUAUCCUUUGCCCGUGGCCUGCACCUGUGUAGCCACACAGUGA